AACUCUUCUUUAAGGUAAUUACGCUAAUCUUUAUCAAUGUACACCGGAAAAAAAUAAAGCGAGACAUCUGUUAACAAUUAUAAAAUCUUUAUGCAACUUUAAACUUUAGCAUAGGGAGUUUCAGGUUUCCAUUUCCGACAUGCUGCUCUUCACCCAGCUCUUCCUUGCCUUCGCUGCCACAGCGUUUGCCAUCGAAUGUCCUCCCUCCGAUAAAUUAUAUCCUUGCUCAUGUGAGGAAGAUGAAGGUCAUACAAUCGUUCAGUGUGAAGGCUCCAGUCUGUCUGAGCUUGAACCCGCAGUCAAAAAUACCAUCGGUCACAAUGUAUCCUUCUAUUUCACUCGUUGUAACUUAGGAGACAUCCCCUCAGACUUUCUCAAAGGCCACAUAUCUUCUAGGAUAAAGUUUGAGGAAUGCGUAGUGACAUCAUUUGGAGAGACACCUUUUAGCGGACUCGAGAACUCCCUGGAGUCCUUGUACAUUUAUUCCUCCAUCGACAGGAGUGUAACAAAAAUGGACAACUUCAAUUUGAAACAUCUGCACAAAUUGCAAUAUUUUUCAGCUCCCUACAAUGAUAUUGGUGAAUUGGGAAACCAUUGGUUUGAAGGUGGGCCUGUUUCUCUGACUCAAGUUGAUUUGGAUGGAAAUAAAAUUGAGAGCUUUGGAGCAACAGCAUUAGCUUCCCUGGUGAAUCUGGAGCAAUUAUAUGUGGGUGAUAACCAAAUCAAAGAUGUGUCCAGAUCUGUACUUCCUAAUCCAAUGAGAGCUCUCUGGGUAUUAGAAGCGAAAUCGAAUUUAAUUGAAGAAUUGCCUUCAGAUGCAUUUGAGGGAUUUCCAAAUCUGAAAAUUGUGAAUUUUGGAGAAAACAAACUGAAAUCCAUUCCUGAAAAUGUCUGGGGAAAGGUUUGGAGUCAGCUGGAAUCAGUGUAUCUUGAAGGAAACAAUAUUGUUUGUGAUGCAAAUAUUAAAUGGAUCUACUCGCAGAAGUUGCCGGAUACUUUUGAUGGAAAAUGCGGACCUGGAAAUGAUCUUGAGGGCAGAGAUUUGAAAUCUUUAAAACUGGAAGAUUUUGAAUAAAAUAAAUCAUUGUUGAAA